AAACAACAAAAAGAAUUAGAUUCUAGACGAGAUCUAAUAAAAGAGAAGCCGACGGGGGAUUGCGGCUGGUUCAUAAUCAUGGUCUGAAUUGAUGAACAGUUGAGUAGAGGCAACGGCAAGUGCAUCGGGAUCGUGACAGUACUGACAGUGACAGUAACAGUAGAUCCUAAGAGAUGGCCGAAGAAAAUGAACGCAGUGUUGUAGCUCAGAAAGUGCUGAUGGUAUUUGACUUCGACCACACCCUUGUAGAUGAAAACAGUGAUUUAUAUGUAAGAAAAUUGGCACCAAAUGGGGAACUACCAGAAGAAAUAUCCAGUUUGUAUCAAGAUGAUGGUUGGACGAAUUAUAUGGGUGAAAUUUUCAAAUAUCUUCACAGAAAUGGGAGUACUCCAGAAAACAUUCUGAACUGCAUGUCUGAAAUUAGCUUGACAGAGGGCAUUCAAGAACUCUUACACUUCACACGGAAAAGCACAUCGUUCGAACACAUUAUUAUCUCUGACUCCAACUCUGUAUUCAUUGACCAUAUUCUCAAAAAGAAUCAGUUGUCUUCAUUGUUCCGGACAUUUACAAACCCUGCUAGAUUUGAGGACAAUGGCUGCUUGAUCAUAGAACAGUACCACACCCAAGACUGGUGUCCCCUCAGUACUGUCAAUUUGUGUAAAGGGCAUAUACUGAAUGAGUUCAUCUCUGAAAGACAGCAGCAUGGUGUCACAUAUCAUCACGUCAUUUAUGUUGGCGAUGGAUUUAAUGAUUUAUGUCCAGGUCUGGCCCUAAGGCCACAGGACUUCUUAAUGCCACGAGUUGGCUUCAAGCUUCACAAAGUGAUAGAGAAAAUGGCAGAGAAGAAUAAGCCAGUGCCAAGGUCAAAGCUUGAGGCCUCUGUUGUGCCAUGGAGCAGUGGACUGGAUAUUUUACAGCACUUGAGAAAUCUUCCGUUUGUAAAAACUGGCCAAAGUUCCUAACAGUUGUAACCUUGCCAGCAGUGUGAAAUUAAGUAUUUUUUGCCUUCUUUAACGAGAAAACACCUCCUGGACUUCCAUUGUUGUUCGAUGCAUUCUUUAGCUGAUCUGAAAAUGGCAGUAGUGCUUGUCCUGUUAUUGGUUUGAUGUGGUGUGCUCAAGGAUUUUUUUCCCAGUGGAUAGGAGGUCCCUAGUACCUCACAAAUGAUUGAGUGGUACAGAGCUGAUGAAAUAUUUUCAAAAUACUAUUUUGAGACAGCUUGACUCUGCGUUGCUCCUGUGAGACUGAAUUCACACCCAGAUAAAAUGCACCGUCGAUGUUGGUACAGUCAAAGCUUACCUCCAUUGUAAAUGUAAUGUUAACUCUUCCUUCCACUUGUUUUUUCUGUACAGAACAAGCACUUUAAAAAAAAGUGAAGAAAAAAAUAUGGCAAAGCUAUCAAAAUUUACUCUUUAGUUCCAAUUCUACCAGGUUCACUGUCUUUGUCACACUAUUUUUUGGCCAGGCAGUAAUCAUGCUGUUGCAGUUUUCACUUGCCACUGCUCAUGUUGUCUUUUGUCAGAAGUUGAUGUUUACUGUAUUAUCCAAAGAGGCUCUUCUCUUUAAAAAAAAAUUAAUGUGAAAGAUUGUCUGUCCCAAAGAUUGUGUGUCCUGAUUAUGAAGAGGAAAUGAAUGCACAACCUCUAUAUAUUCAGAAUCACAUCCACUUUGCCACAUGUGGAUCUCGGGUAUCGGCAUAAAUUAAAUUUAUUUUCACUUGGUCCUACAGAAUUUCUAAAUAGAUGAAAUCCAUCUCUAUUGAUUUGCUAUGCAUUCUGCAUGGAAAUUGUGAGAGAGAGCAUGAACAUUUAGUUGUCUGUAAAUUUAAAAUGAACUUAUUUAGAAAAUAAUUUGCUUUUUAUUUGUGACAGUGAAGGUUAAUCCAUUGUGGUAUAAAUUCUGGAGAGAAACUACAGAGUGUAAUUUUUUAAUAGUAAUUAUGUGUUUGCUGUUUAAGUGCUCUGUUUCUCAUAUUCAUAUAUAUGGAAAUGUAUUUCAGGGAAAUACUAUAUAAUACAAAAUGGCCAUCUCAGAGUUUAUUGUUUGUAUAUAUAUUUACUCAGACUACACAGUGACGCAACAUUUCUAAGACAUUUGGAUGACUUCAUAUUUCCAAUUUUACUGAUUCCACACAUGGGUAAUAUGAUCUACUGACGAGCAGAGCAGCCUUUUCUUACACUUACGUAAUGAUGCUCUGAAAGUUUUUGGCUGGAAUUUCACUUCCUAUUUUAGCAGGACUUGUUCGUUAUCCAAGUUUACUAGAGAAGAAUUUGCUUUGCUUGAAAUGAACACUCUUUGUGCAAUAUGUAUGCUGUGUGAUUACUGGACAAUAAUGAAUAUUAAAUGGAAGUGUAUGUGUGUAAAUUUGUGACUUUGUAAAUAAAAUGUAUUCAGACAAUUAUAAAAA